AGAAUAUAAAACCGAAUUUUUAUAUCACAAUUAGUUGCGCGUUUAUUAUUUAGUUUGCACAUUUGUAGAAAUAUUUUCCGGAAAGUUCAAAGUGAACUAUUUUAUAUAAAACAAUAGGGUAGUGUAUAGUGACAACAUAGUGUUAGAACAUUAUUGCUGGAAGAUUUUCAAAUGUACAUAAAUAAAAAGUUAUACAUUGCAGUAUAUUCAUAAGUUUGGAACACUCGCUUCAUUGCGAUAACAAUUUAUUCAAAAAUACGUAUAUUAUAAUCAGAAUAUAUACAUAUAUCCAACAUCGUAUUUAAUUUCAAUAUUUUAAAUUCAUAAUUUCUAUAAAAAAUUAAUAAACUAAAUAUUUCUGAACUAAAUUCUAGAGCAUACAGCCCGAUUAAUUGGAACACACAUAUUCUAACACAUACAAACAAAAAUGUUACGGCGUCUGAUCUGCAAGCCUCCGACUCCACCAUCGCCUUCUUUGCCGUCGCAUUUGUGGGCGUCGCGACGCAUACGUCACGCUGGAGAUCACGCGCCCUGCCGCCGGUCAAGUGGAGCAAAUCUUAAGGACAUCGAACGCGUCAUACUUCAAGAAACGAAAAUAUCACGUGAUCAUUUAACACCAGAGAUAGCGCUCCAUCUCAUAACAGCGGAAUGUCGGCUCUUUCAUGAACCAGUGCCCACUGUAAAUGUCACGAAGUUGUUCAAAGACGACCCUUUUUGGGCAUUCUACUGGCCUGGUGGACAGGCUAUCAGUCGUUACGUACUGGAUAAUCCCUCCUUGGUGGCUGGCAAGUCGGUGCUGGAUGUGGGCAGCGGUUGUGGGGCCAGCGCCGUGGCUGCGCUGAUGCACCAAGCAAAAUAUGUUGUGGCAAAUGACAUUGAUGAAGCGGCUGGCUGUGCUGCUGUACUGAACGCCCAGUUGAAUGGAGUAGACCUGGAACGCUUACAUAUUUCUACGGAAAAUUUAAUAAAGACGUCACAGUUGGUAAAGGAAGACCUAAUUUUACUGGGUGAUGUUUUUUAUGACGAAGAAUUUGCCGCCGUCUUGCAGCCUUGGCUACAAAGUCUACGUAAAGCGGGAAAACAGAUGCUUGUUGGUGAUCCCGGACGGCAUGGCUUGACAGCGAACAGACGGCAGCAUAUGAGACGUUUAGCCAAGUACGAAUUGACGGAAAGUGGCUGCAUUGAGAAUAAUGGUUUUCGCUUUGUUAAUGUUUGGGAAUUAAAAUAGUAAUGAUUGCAGUUAUAAUUAAAAAUUUUUAGUGAACAUAACAUAAAAAUAAUAUACAUACAUAUAUUAUAAGUAAUUGUUUAUCACCAAACUGUAUUCACUAUAACAUUUCUAACAAUAUUAAAAAAAAAAGAAAUUAU